AUGUAUCAUUUGGAUUCUAGUUUUAGAUUUGACGUAUGUUCAGUGACAGUUUUAGAAGGAAUAUCACAAGCAAUUUUGAAUAAACUCUUAGAAGCUAUGCUCAGUAUUUGCCAAAAUCAAAUCAAGGAAGAGGUGAGCCAUGCACAGUAUUUAGCUGUUAUGUGUGAUGAUAUAGUUGAUGUCUGUGAUAAAAUGCAAGUGGCAGUGGUUCUGAGAUAUAUGCUGAAUGGGAAACCUGUUGAAAGAUUUUGGGGGUUUUUCAACCCCGUAAAUAGAACAGUUGAUGCUUUAACAGAAAUGCUACAGAAAGAGUUGUAUGGUUUGAUACCAGAUUGUCCCAGUAAACUUAUUGCUCAAACGUAUGAUGGGGCAGUCAGUUUAAGUGGAGAUAAGACAAAUGUCCAUACACUGAUGAAAAAACAGUAUAAAAAUGCCCAUUUCAUUCAUUGCUAUGCACACAAGCAUUGUGGAAUUAUUCAGAAAGCAACAUGGCAAAAUAGCAGCAUGAAAGUAUUUUUCAAUGAUAUAUCAAGUAUUUCAACUUAUUUUUCACGACCAGAAGUACUGGAGAAGAUUUUAGGACAAAUGGUAGUGCCUUCUUGUACAAAUUCCAAAGAAAGUAAUAUCACUUUCACAAUCAAUGCCAUACAUGCCAUGAAAGAUACUUUAAAAGUAUGUUGUGAAGUAUUAGAAACACGGACUUUAACAGAAAUUGGAACUGAAGCAACAGCUAUAAAAAGAAUAUUGAACGAUGCUGAUUUUGAGUUUUGGCUCUAUUUUUUCUCCAAAGUAAUGCCUCAUAUUGAUGAACUAUUUUCCCAGUUUGAAUACAAAAGCAUUGAUGUUAGAAAAGCUACCAUCUCUUUAAGUACUUUCUAUCACAUUAUGAAAACUAUUCGCAAUGAAUACGUGGAAGUCAAAGAGAACUGUUCUGAGAAUAAACAGAAAAAAUGUUGUCCAGAGAAAGCAGCCACCAUAGAGGAGGUGUGUGAUAUAAUUUUACUGAAAUGUAGUGAAAGAUUAAGUUUUAUUAAUCAUUUGGAAGCAAGCAAGUUACUUGUACCAGAUAACUUUUCAUCAUUUCUUUCAAAAUUUCCUAACUAUGAGCUAACUGAAGCAGUUGAUGCAUAUCCUAUGCUUGACAGAGAAAAACUUGGAACUGAACUUGCUGUCCUCUACGCCAGGAGUGAUAUAUAUCAAACCAAAAAGCUGAUAGAUUUAUUAAGAUUCUUUAAUGAGAGUCACUUACAAACAACAUUCUCUGAAACUGUAAAACUUAUUAAAAUUCUAAUCACCACUCCAAUGAUUACUGAGGAAUCAGAAAGAUGUUUUAAAACUUUAGAGAAAAUAAAAUCCUUUUUGCGGAACCCCAUAGCAAUUGAUAACCUGACAGCCUUGGGUAUGGUGGCAUUGGAGUGUAAUAUGGUGAAGAAAAUAACAGAAUUUAAUGAGAAAGUCAUAGACUGCUUUGUGACAGCAAAUAAUUUUCAGGAAGAUUUUAUGUACAAAUAA